GUGUGCAACAAGGAUCCAGCUCCUCAGCUGCUGUCAGUAACAGAUAAAGACGGACCAGAAUUUGGAGCUCCCUACUUGGUGUCUUUACAGGGCAUGUCAAAGACCAACUGGACCGCUAGGAUGAACGAAACCAGAACGGGCAUCAUCUUGAAUUUGGCCGCUGAGCUGCCCAGUGGAGAUUACAGUGUUAUACUGAGAGUGGCAGACAAACAUGGCUUGGGGCAGGACAACAUCAUCACAGCUAAAGUGUGUGACUGCAGGGGCACAGACUUCACUGCAUGCUCAGGUCCAGGACGCUAUGGUGCAGCUGCCAGCAACCUGCCCCUUAUCCUUGGAAUACUUGGAGCCAUCCUGCUGCUCGCACUGUUGCUGCUAGUGCUGCUGUUUACAAAACAGAGGAAAAGGGAGAAAAAGGAGCCACUCCUGCUGGAUGAUGGUGUCAGAGACAACGUCUAUUACUAUGAUGAAGAAGGAGGUGGCGAGGAUGAUCAGGACUAUGACCUGAGUGUUCUCCACCGUGGCCUGGACAACCGGCCUGAUGUGUUAAGGAAUGAAGUGGUGCCAAACUUCAUGCCUGCUCCUCAGUACCGGCCACGGCCUGCCAACCCCGAGGAGAUUGGCAACUUCAUUGAAGAUAACCUGAAGGCUGCAGACAACGACCCAACAGCACCCCCUUAUGACUCCCUGCUGGUGUUUGACUAUGAGGGAGGUGGUUCUGAUGCAGGAAGCCUCUCCUCUUUGAACUCUUCAAGUAGUGGAGACCAGAACUAUGACUGCCUCAAUGAAUGGGGCCCUCGCUUUAAGAAACUGGCCGACAUGUACGGAGGAGGAGAUGAUGACGAUAUGCUGUAAUCGUACCAUAUCACAUGGCUGCAUGUUUAAUUUGUAAAAGCAACCCAGAAAGGGGCUUUCAACAACACAUUUUGUUUUUAUAGAUAUAUAUAUGUGCACUGUGGUUUUGCCUUCUCACUGCAAUCCCGUUAGCAGUUAUCACCCACUGCUCAGAAGCCAAAGGAUGAGUUUUUGUUGUGUUAUGAAUGCAUUAGGCUCUGUAUGCUUUUUUUUCAUUUUGGGUUUUUUGUAGUUUUUAAUUUUUGUUUUUUAAUAAACAUCUGUUUUGACCUUCA